AUGAAUAAUAUACAUAGAUUCAUUCAAAAACGGUUCUUUCUUCGCACUCGACAUGCUCAUCCAUUUGGAAUCGUUCUAGACAUUGAUGGAGUAUUGUUCAAAGGGCGGAACUUGUUGCCACGUGUGAAGGAGGCAUUCAGUUUGAUAACUGAUAAGAAUGGGAACUUUGUGGUGCCUACGGUGUUCCUAACAAAUGGAACGAAUAGUACCGAAAAGAUCAAAGCAGCUCAGCUCAGCGAGCAACUCGGAUUCCGAAUUCCAGCUGAUCAUGUCCUAAUGUCUCAUAGUCCGCUGAAAAUGUUCACAGAUCUUCAUGAUAAACAAGUUCUUGUCGUUGGUCAGAAGAAUGCAAGAUCCAUUGCAAAAGGAGUAGGCUUCAAGAAAGUGACCACAAUCGAUCAGUUGAAAAGUUGGUUCCCUCAUUUGGAUUGCACUGACUUCUCUCGAAAAAUCGUGGAUCCGAAGGAAACGGAAGCGGCACGGAAGAGAUUCAAACCAGUUGAGGCUAUUGUGAUGCUCGGAGAACCAUUGAAAUGGGAAAGUUCGCUUCAGUUGCUGUUGGAUUGUGUUUUGACUCAUGGAAGAAUGGACACAAUGGUUUUUCCACUGAUCGCUGGUGGUCGUCGUCCGGAUCAGAUUCCGCUUGUCGCCUGCAACGUGGAUCUCGUCUGGAUGGCUGAUGUGGCUUCACAGUUACCACGCAUUGGACAUGGGGUAUUCAUUCAUACAUUGGAUUCCAUUUAUGAGAAGUUGACAGGAUACCAUUUGCAGUUCACAGCCACGCUUGGGAAGCCAACUGAGGUCAGCUAUCUCCACGCCGCCCACCGUAUCCAACGUAUCGCCAAAACGCAAAAACUCGGAGACGUCAAGUACCUCUACGUCAUCGGCGACAAUCCUAUGUCGGAUGUUCUCGGCGCCCGUCUCUUCGAUCGAUACCUUCGUCAUGGAGGUGUUGGAAGAUUCGAUCAUCUGGAUUUGGAGUCAUUUGAGGGGAAUGAUGGAGAGAAACCGAGAGUUCGAACUAGAAAUGUCGUCGAACGAUGCAUUUCGAUUCUUGUAGAGACUGGGGUUCAUCAGGAAAACGUCCACAUGAAUGGUGUGGUCAAACCAAUUUCCGCUCUGAUUGACAAUCUUUCAAAAGGAGAACAGCUGAUGCUCAAUCAGCCAAACUUUGUCGAGUACGACUUGCACGCCGCCAUCCGAACCAUUUUAAGAAGAGAGUGCUAUCGUUAG